GAGCCACAGUUCAUUAUCCCUUCAUUCCGAGUACUUCAUUUUUUUUUUCUUGAUCUGGCUGCACUGGCCAGGACUCCUGUCAGUGACCUGAAUUGGGCAUGCAGCUGCUGUAGCAGAGUUUGAAAUGCUGUGAGGACUGCCAAAGUGUGACACGGAGACAUGAAGUGAGCAAGUGUGGCUGGAAGAGUGCGCUGCUAGGCUCGCUGGGCUCAGGGCUGCCCCAAACCUUCAACUGGUGAAAACUAAACAAAGCAAAGUGCGAUAAAACCAGGUAUCGCCAUCAGAGAGUCGGCGAAGGUGGUCGACCAAGCUCAGAGGAGAGUACUGAGGGGAGUUGAUGACCUGGACUUCUUCAUAGGGGACGAAGCCAUAGAUAAACCCACGUAUGCCACCAAGUGGCCAAUAAGACAUGGAAUAAUUGAAGACUGGGAUCUGAUGGAAAGGUUCAUGGAACAAGUGAUUUUUAAGUAUCUUCGAGCUGAACCUGAGGAUCAUUAUUUUUUAAUGACAGAACCGCCACUGAAUACACCAGAAAAUCGAGAGUAUCUCGCAGAAAUUAUGUUUGAAUCGUUUAAUGUCCCAGGACUCUACAUUGCAGUUCAGGCAGUUCUGGCUUUGGCCGCCUCGUGGACGUCGCGCCAGGUGGGCGAACGCACGUUAACGGGGAUCGUCAUCGACAGCGGGGACGGGGUCACCCACGCCAUCCCAGUGGCAGAAGGUUACGUGAUUGGAAGCUGCAUCAAGCACAUCCCGAUUGCAGGGCGGGACAUCACCUAUUUCAUCCAGCAGCUGCUGCGGGAGCGGGAGGCGGGGAUCCCUCCGGAGCAGUCGCUGGAGACCGCCAAAGCCAUCAAGGAGAAAUACUGCUACAUCUGCCCUGAUAUAGUCAAGGAGUUCGCCAAGUAUGAUGUGGAUCCUCGGAAGUGGAUCAAACAGUACACGGGGAUCAACGCCAUCAACCAGAAGAAGUUCAUCAUAGAUGUUGGCUACGAAAGGUUCCUGGGCCCUGAGAUUUUCUUUCACCCGGAGUUUGCCAAUCCAGAUUUCAUGGAGUCCAUCUCGGAGGUUGUUGAUGAAGUCAUACAGAACUGCCCCAUCGACGUUCGUCGUCCGCUGUAUAAGAAUGUUGUUCUUUCGGGAGGCUCAACAAUGUUCAGGGAUUUCGGACGUCGUCUGCAGAGAGACUUAAAGAGAGUGGUGGACGCCAGGCUGAAGCUCAGCGAGGAGCUCAGCGGUGGCAGGAUAAAGCCCAAGCCCGUGGAGGUCCAGGUGAUAACGCACCACAUGCAGCGCUACGCCGUGUGGUUCGGAGGCUCCAUGCUGGCCUCAACUCCGGAGUUCUUGCAGGUCUGUCACACGAAGAAGGACUACGAGGAGUGCGGCCCGAGCAUCUGCCGUCACAACCCCGUCUUCGGGGUCAUGUCUUAGUGGCGGCUUGGGCACCGCCCCCGCAGUGGUGUCGUCGGAGCGCAAGUGUCCUUCAGACCCGGAGACGACGGGCCCUGUACAUAGAGCGCGAGCGUGGUGUCCCAUUGCAUGCGGCGCCGCCCGCCGGACAGCUCGCAAAGCCAUCUGCGCGCCCGUCCCGCCCCUCGCCCCUGCCCUCACCCCGCCCAGUCCCGCCCCUCACCCGCCCUGCCCCAUUCCUAACCCUCACCCUACCUCGCCUUGCCCCGCCCCACUCUGCCCACUCACCCCCACCUGGCCCAUCUCUCCGCCCUCACCCCAUCCAUCUCCCCGCCCUCACCCCGCCCACCUGAUUCGCCCCACCCCCUCACCCCGCCCCAUUUCCAACCCCCGCCCCGCCACUCACCUUGCCAAUCUCCCCGCCCCGCUCCUCUAUGCCCCCACCCGGCUCCUCUAUGCUCUCGCCCCACCUCUCACCUCGCCCUGCCCCCGCCCAUCUCUCCACCCUGCCCCUCACUUCACCCCGCCCUCGCCCCUCACCCGGCCCCAUCCUUGCCCCUGCGCCCCCUACCCCUGCCCGUGCUCCCUGCCCCCUCACCCUGCCCCCACCCCCGCCCCUCACAGAGCUCUGCCCCUCGCCCCGCCCCAUUCUCGCCCCGCCCCGCCCUUGCUCCCCGCCCCUCACUCCGCCCCUAGCUCCCCCCCCACCCAUUGCCCCGCCCCUCACGCAGCUCUGCCCCACCCCCGGCCAGCCCCUCGGCCCGCCCCCUCGCCCGCCUCUCCACCCAAGCUUCUAGUCCACAGUUGGGUUCUGGAGUUCAGCUGCGACUCUUGAGUCAUAGGUAGGGAAAACCCUAGAAUGUGACAAUAGCUCCCCCCAACCCCCCCCUGCCCAGGACAGAGUAUGGGACUGUAAAGCCUCUUCCUCCCAGACUAUUUUUGUAAAUAAAAUGUUAUAAACUUGAAAUACAAAAUUGAUGUUUAUAUUUCCUAUCAUUUUGUAUUUUAUGGUUCUUUGGUACAACUGGCUUGACCGCGAGCACGCGUAGAUGUCGGUGUCAUGGAGUGUCGUCAUAAAGCGUUUCUAAUCAUGAGGCAUGUUCUGACGUGUUUGUAGGCGAGCAAAAUAAAGCAGAGCAAAACGUUUUUGCCACAUGUUUGCUAGAUAACGACUACACUUGAUUGAGCGACAUGAAGUUUAACCACUAAGCAGUAUUGUAUGAGAAUCAUUACAGACAAUGUAUCUUUUCCUUUUCCUGUGUGAACUUUCUGGAACUGUUUUAUAGAAGAUGCCAGUGUGCUGUUGGUGAGCGUUGGAUGAAAUACUACCUUGCACUAUUGUAAUAAAAGCACUUAAACUCUUUAUAAAGA